AUGCCAAACAUAACCAAUACUGACUCAAACAACAGUUCAAAAUCAAUCGAUGUAACAGAUGAUAAACUAAAUAUAUUACAACAUUUAAGUAAAAUCACUCAAACGCCAGAAGUUAUUCCAGAACCAGAUUACAAAAAUCCUGAUUAUAGUCCAAUGGCAAAUAUAGGAAAAACAAUUAAUGAAAAAAUUACGAAAAAUCACGAUUUACAAAUUGGGGAUGUCAUAAAUUGCAUUGGAGAAUUUUUAAAAAAAAAUUUAGGAAAUAAUGGUUGGGUAUUAUUAGAAUAUCCUGUUCAACCACUCCAAAUGGCUUUACUUGAAUACAUGUUAACUGGUAAAAUACCAUGUUUUGGGAAAGAGCUAUGUAAUCAAAAUAAAAAAAAGUCUUGGAUAAUUCCUGAAUAUGAAGAUAAUAACGGAAUUAUGUAUACAUCUACAAAUAUAUAUUUAUCACGUUGUAUUAAAAUUAUAAAACGCAGAGAUGAAAUAAAAAAUGACAAAUGGAACAAUUUUUUACAAUUUUACAAACAACAAGAUUCUAUUAAAGUAUUAAUUAGCUAUUUAAAUGAUAAUAUAAAAGAUUCUAGAAAAGCAGCAGAUAUUCUAGUAGGGUUAAUAUUGAAUGAAGAAAAUUAUGUAUUUAAAACGAACAAAAUAUUUAAAUUAAUAAAUAUUAUGAUUGACAACGAUGAUGAUAAUACUAGUAUACAAUCUGAUAAAGAUACCGAUGACAAACAUAAUAGUGAACGAUCAUUAAUCAUAACAGAUGAAAACAUUGAUACAAUACAAACUGAUCAAAUAACAAACCAAUUUCAAUUGCUAAAUCCAAGUCUCAGUUGGAUUGAAGGUCCCCUAGCUGAUUCUAUGUAUAAAGCAUUAUAUUUACAAAAUAUGUGGGAAACUAUGGAAACUAGUUAUAUUCACAAAAUAAAAGAACUGUUAAACUCUAAAAAAAAAUUGUUUGAGGAUUUAAAAUUAAAAAAGAAUGUCAUUUUAAAAACUGUGAAUGAAGAAAUACCAAUUAGUAAUAAUCCAAGUUUACUGAUCUUAUUAAAGAAUUAUGAAAAUGAAAAAAAAAAAAAAGAAAUUACUAAAAAAUUAGAACACAAAAAGUUAUUGUUGCAACUACAAUUUGAUAUGUGGGAUCAAGUGGACAAUGAUUUUGAACAAAUCAUUCAAUCUGUUAGUCACAAAGUUAACGAUCAAUGGGUAGUUAUUCAAAAAAAUACACUAAUUAGUAUUUAUGAACAAUUAUUAGAAAUUGAAUUGAACCGUGCAAUUACUACAUUAAAUUUCUUAAGAAGAUAUUAUGAUGACAAUAAUACAUAUCAUAUUGUUGAUUUUGAUGUUUUUACUGAUUUCCCCAAAGGCAUAAUUGAUACUAACAAUAAAUUUAAAAUAUUUCAAAUAUAUUGCUUGGACAGGAUAAACCAAUUUAAAAAUUAUGUUAAUGAAAAUUAUGAAAAAACAAUAAUUAUGAUAAAUAAAAAUAUAUGGACGCAAUGUGUGAUAACAGAAAAAAACAGAUUUAUAGAUCAAGUUCAUAGGAUCAAGUCUGGUAUAAUUUUAGAUGAAACAUAUUUAAAUGAUUUAAUAAGAAUAGAUAAUGAUUUAGAAAGAAUCCGUACUUUAUACGAAAUUAAAAUAAAUGAUGUAAACCACUUAUUUAAAAUAAUGGAAUGUGCAAUAGAUGCUGAACAAAAUAUUAAUGGGCUCAUCAAUCAAAUAUCCGGACAAUUUUAUAUUAAUGAAUGUAGUGUUUUGGAAAUAUAUUGUAAACAAAUAUUUUAUUCAAAAGAAAAUUUUAAUAUAAAACAAUUAACAACAAUGGUAAAUACACUUUUGGAGAUCGCUCCAAGAUAUAAAAUUGCAAUAAGUGAUUUGAUUGAUACAUUAAGUAAACUUUGUAAAAUACAUAAUAUAUAUCCGAUAAAUUGGCCAAUAGAUGAUCAGUUUUACAAUCAUUUUCCUAAAGAAAUACUAGGUGAUAAUAUAACAACUAUUGAUUGGAGAGACUUUGUUGUACAAUGUAUGGAGCUGCCCUAUCCUAAUAUAGAAGAAAUAUUAAGCUAUCGAAAAUUAUUCCAAGUUUAUGAUGUUGGAGAUGAAAAUAUUACAGUAGAAAGUUAUGAAACAACAAAGUUAUGGUUUGAAAAUAAAUCAAUCCGGUACGAUGAAGCUAAAUGGUUAUUAUAUGAUAUGUAUCAAGACCAAAAUAAACUCAAUUAUAGCGCUAUGCUUUUAGCAUUUUGCAGAGAUGAACAGCCAUGUAGAGGCUUAUUAAAAGCAUUUGGUUUGAUUUUUGAUUGGAUCCCAUACAAUUUAAAAACUCUAUCUCAACAUCGCUUGAAUGACGAAAAAAGAGAAAUUCACAGUGAAGAUGAUGUGAACAGUGAACUCUCUUCUAAUCUAUCUAAUGAAGAAUUAACUUUUGACCAAAAUCUUAUGACAAGUUUUUUACUGUCAGUAUUAGAUUUGUACAUUAAUGAUAAAAGAAUGCUUGGAAAUAUUGAUAUUUUCCAACUAGUAAAAUCAAUAUUUGAAAAUGUACAGCCCAAACAAGAAAGAGAAACUAUGAUCAUUGAUUUAUUUCAAAACAAUGAAAUGAAUGAUUUAUAUGGCACAGUUUAUAAAUUUCAAAUUAGAGAACUUGCAGAAGUUGCUAAAAAUAUUGUAAUGAAAUAUGAUUUAAAUAUAUAG